UCUUGUCAUCAUCCAACACAAAAAAAACCUUGAAAAAAAAAAAAAUUCGAAGCUGCUAAAACUUUUUAUUUGCAUGGGGUUUCCUCUUCCUGUCGUCUAGGAGCGUUUCAUUUCAGUUUCCUCUUCUGCUUGACUUGGGAGAUUUUAUAUAUAUCCUUAAAAGGAGAAAAUGGAUGAACACAAUGCAACAAAAUUAACCGGGAUCAAGCAGAUUGUGAGACUAAAAGAGAUUCUUCAAAAAUGGCAAAGUGUCACAAUAGGUUCAAAGUCAUAUGAUGGCGAGUUAGGGGCAAGAAAGCACACAGCCAUCAUUUCGCCGAUGAUCGACAAAAGGUUAUUGGAAUUGAAGACUUGUGACUCGGAUGAGGAAACUACUUGCCCUAGCCCGGAGUCACCACAUGAUGUCCCUAAAGGGUACUUGGCUGUUUAUGUUGGACCUGAGCUCCGAAGAUUUAUCAUACCUACAAACUUUCUUAGCCACUCUUUGUUCAAGGUCUUACUCGAGAAAGCUGAGGAAGAGUAUGGAUUUGAUCAUAGCAGCGCGUUAACCAUACCAUGUGAGGUUGAAACUUUCAAAUACUUACUUAAUUGCAUUGAGAACCAUCCUAAAGAUGAAACCUCAGCUGGAGAUCCAAUAGAAACAGAAGAGUAAAUAAUAUCAUCAUUUUUAUAUGAAAUUCUUCUUUUCAUCUUCUAUUACUUUUCCCUUUGAAACUCAUACUAGGGCUGAUGACUCCCAAUGGUAAUUUUAAAAUCAGUUUCUCUUUGUAUGUUUUAUGAUUAUUUUUUUUCCUCUUCUACUUCUCCUUUGCUUUUUUUCCAAAGGAAGAGUAGAGAUGGCUGUUUAAGAUCGGAGUUGAUGGUCAAAAAACUCAAAUGUAAUUACAUAUGGUUAUAUUAUGGUGUAACUAUGCAUGUGAAGAGCCAACCAUAACAUUUGUGUAGUUAAAUCAAUGUG